AUGAAAAACAAUAGCUUAUCCUCUGAUGUCAGCAAGAUAACUCAACCUCAAUGUGCUCCUUUAUCUACAGUUGGAACCGAUCGCAAACGAGUCAUCGAACCGGAGCAGAAAUCUUUCGCCAAACAAAACAAAAAGUCAAAGUCGCAUCUUUCCUCUACUACAACAACUACGGCACCAAUGCUAGACUUUGAAUCCACCCUGGUGAUGGCUGCACAAGAACUUCGGCAAGCCAGAAACGUAUUAGUUAUUACUGGUGCAGGUAUUUCUGCAGAUUCCGGACUACCAACUUAUCGUGGUAUUGGUGGUCUGUAUAGUAACGGUCAGGAGACUGAAGAGGGACUGACAAUUGAGGAAGCUCUGUCGAGUUACAUUAUGCGAACGGAGCCAGAUAUAUCUUGGAAGUACAUUUGCCAAAUCGAAUCUGCUUGUCGCUCGGCUAAACAAAAUGCUGCACACGAAGCACUCGUAGCACUUGAAUCUAAAUUUGAACAUCUAACUGUAGUUACACAGAAUGUUGAUGGUUUACAUCGUAGUGCUGGCACAAACAACCUGAUCGAAAUUCACGGCAAUAUUCAUCAACUUUUUUGCAUCUCCUGUGACCGUGAAAAAUAUGUUGACGACUUCGACGGUAUGAAAAUUCCACCUACUUGUAACCGCUGUGGUGGACUUAUACGACCGCGUAUCGUCCUAUUUGGUGAGAUGUUGCCAAUAAGUGCACUCGCACAACUUUCUGAAAUAAUAAACCAAGGUAUCGAUGCUAUUAUUACAAUUGGUACUAGCAGUAUAUUUCCAUAUAUCGCGCAACCUGUUUUACGUGCUGCAGAAAACAACAUCUUAACUAUUGAAAUUAAUCCGAAAGAUACCAAAGUGUCACAUGCGGUACGAUAUCACUUACGUGAACGAGCUAUUAUCGCCUUGCCGGCCUUGUUGAAACAUCUUUCGUAA